CAUACGGUGACGCACGGGGUUAUAAACCGAUGGUGUGCACACCUUUCUGCCUUAUUUCCACCCGGUGUGUUUUGGGUCGCACACGUGCGAUUUAGCCGUUUUCAAUCUUUUUUUAUUUUAUUUUUAUCUUAGUCUUAUUUACAUCACGCACCCAUGGCUACACUCCGGGCGCUGCGGAAACUAUGCCGGCAUUCUCACCAGCAGGCAUGUAGUUUUCACCUGUCAUCUUCGAGACAAGAGGCUGUGAUCAUCUCGGGCAGGAAACUGGCACGGCAGAUCCGCAACGAGGCGCGUGAUGACGUGGAGGAGUGGGUCUCUGCUGGAAACCGACGGCCUCACCUGAGUGUGGUGUUAGUGGGGGACAAUCCAGCCAGUCACUCGUACGUUCUCAAUAAGACCCGUGCAGCAGCAGAAGUGGGUAUUAGUAGCGAGACCAUCCUGAAACCUUCUAGCGUCUGUGAAGAGGAGCUGCUUGACCUCAUCGAGAAACUCAACUCUGACCACAGAGUAGACGGUCUUCUGGUACAGCUACCUCUUCCUGAUCACAUCGAUGAGCGACGCGUAUGCAAUGCCGUGUGCCCAGGGAAAGAUAUUGAUGGUUUCCAUGUGGUCAAUGUUGGCCGCAUGUGUCUGGAUCAGUCAACUAUGCUGCCUGCCACUCCAUGGGGGGUUUGGGAGAUUAUCAAACGCACAGGCAUACAGACGCUGGGUAAGAAUGUGGUGGUGGCUGGUCGCUCCAAGAAUGUUGGGAUGCCCAUUGCAAUGCUGCUGCACACAGACGGCAGACAUGAAAGGCCAGGAGGUGAUGCCACAGUGACCAUCUCCCACCGUUACACUCCCAAAGAACAGCUCCGUCAGCACACACAGAUCGCAGACAUUAUCGUCGCUGCUGCAGGUAUUCCCAACCUCAUCACUGCUGAUAUGAUAAAGGAGGGUGCAGCUGUUAUAGAUGUUGGCAUCAACAGAAUAUUGGACCCCUUGACUGGGAAAAAUAGACUUGUUGGUGACGUGGACUUUGAAGGUGUUAGAAAGAAGGCCAGCUACAUUACUCCAGUUCCAGGCGGUGUUGGACCCAUGACCGUAGCCAUGCUGAUGAAAAACACAAUCAAGGCAGCGAAAAGCAUCAUUUUAACCCCCCCUCAGCGAGUUCGGAUGGCAGCGUCCUCAUAACAUCACUUCACUUUGAGGGGCUCCUGGUGGAAAAUCAAUAUUUUGAAUGGCUAUUUUUGAGUCCCAUUAUAGUCUAGUUAAAUAUAUUUAAAGGUUUGAGAAAAUGAAUGUGCUUUUUCAUUCAGAUAGUGUAUGUUUUUUCAGUUACCCGGUCAAGCUUUAAACACUUUCACUUUUGUUUCUACACUGUUACAGCUUUGCUUUUUCAGCUCUCUGUAUGUUUAAGUAUUAUAAUAGGAGAUUGCCAGACAUUUCUGAAGCAUAUUUAUUAACAAGAAACACUUAAGCAAUGUUCUACAUCAACUGCAGUCAGUGUUUAGACCGUGUGGUUGUUUUUACCUUGUGUUCUUGCAGUCACAUGUCCAAUACUGGUCAAUACUUGUGAGUCAGCAUGCAAGAUAACUGACCAAAUAACCUUUACAACAACAGUCUAUUCAUUUGGGGGUGUUUGUGACUGAACUGAUCCAUCACUGCUUCUUUUUUUUAUUAUUAUUCCCCCUUUAUCUGGCCUUUUGAGGGUGCAAAGAGUGAUGAUAAAGGAGCAGUGGAUAGGGACAUACAGAACCUCUUAGAAAAGGAGAGAUAAUUUGGCUAAAUCUAGCCAAGUUAGUGCUUUUUUAGCAGUAUGCUCCAGUGACAAGUGUUGUUGAAGUCAUAAUUGUUUUGCAUACUAACAUGUAAUGCCUUUCAAGCACUACAAUAAAUGUAUCAUAUGU